GGGCAUACGUCAGCGGUCAGAUCACGUCAGAUUGGCCAGAUUCAUUUCACGGCAGCUACAACACUCCGUUGCACGUUGCGCUCUGUGUCUGCGGCAGUCGGAUCCGCGACCAAUACCGGUCGGGUUUGCAUUGCGAAUCUGACAGUGGACGGUGUCGUUCUCGUUGUACGAUAAUCCACCGCGCGAGACGAAGCGUCGUCUGCCUUCGUGGUGCGAACGGGACGCCCGCGGAGCAUUUUACGAGCGAGUCGUCGGAGCGAAAACUUCGGAGCUCUUUGGAACGCUCACCUAACCGUAGCUCACGAGAGCGACUCGCAAGUACGAAUCUCAGUUGCUGGAGGAUCGAGUUUUCUGGAAGUUGCAUCACGCUUGCGUUACCUCCCUCGGCACCGCGCGCGCCCCGAUAUUGCACCGAAUUCCAGUGUCCGUUUGGGACUUGAAAACUAGGACGUUAUUGUCACAUUCCCGACAAAUAUUUGGAAACAUGGCAAGAUGGGGUGAAGGUGAUCCACGUUGGAUCGUGGAAGAGAGACCCGACGCAACCAAUGUUAACAACUGGCAUUGGACGGAGAAGAACGCCUGUGCAUGGUCACAAGAAAAGUUGAAAGAACUUUUCGUAAAUUUCAAAAUUGAAGGAGAUGGAGUAUUAUGUAAAAUAACAGAAAUGGAAAAAUGUGAAGGUGAGGCGUCAGCAAAUAAUAGAAAAGGGAAACUCAUUUUCUUUUAUGAAUGGAAUAUUGUUCUUAAGUGGAUAUUGGAUAAACAAUCCAAUAAAAACAUUGAGGGUAAAAUCAAUAUUCCUAAUCUCUCUGAAGAAAAUGAUAUCAAUGAAGUAGAUAUUGAAAUUACAUUAAAAGAUAGUACGGAUGAAGGGGAAAAAAUAAAACAAUUCUUACAUACUAAAGGUAAAGAUGUGUUAAGAGAAAAUUUAAAGAAAUAUGUAUCUUCUCUAAAAGAAGAAUUUACAAAAGGAAUGAUAUUGCCUCAAAAAGAUAAUGUAAAAGAAAAUAUUUCAAAUAUAACAUCUGGUUUUAAUGUUAAGAUGCAAAUGAACGCUGCAGUGACACCAACGAACAAUAAUAAAACAGCAGAUUGUAAAAUUUCAACUACUACGAUUAAGCAAAAUGUGAAAUUUCAAUGCAGAGCGGAAGAGUUUUAUAAUGUCCUCUCUACGAUCGAGAUGGUACAAGCCUUCACAAAGAACCCAGUAAAGCUAGAAUUAAAGAAGAAUGGUCAAUUCGAGCUCUUCGGUGGCAAUAUUCACGGUGAAUUCGUAGAGAUUACACCAACGAAGAUUAUUCAGAAAUGGCGUUGUAAACAGUGGCCGUCCGGACAUUUUAGCGAUGUAACGAUUGAUAUCUGUGAAAAGAAUGAUCACACUGAGGUUAUUUUGACGCAGAGCGGUGUCCCAGUAAGCGAGGAGCUCUCUACAAAGGAGAAUUGGGAAAGGUAUUAUUGGGACGCCAUAAAACGGACCUUCGGUUUCGGAUACUUCAUGUGAUCUAAAUUCACUCUAAUGGAUAUUUAUUUAUUGCUAAGUAGAACAAUCGUGGAGAUUGCUUGCGAUCGCACACAGUUACGCGAACGCUUGACUUCUGCGGGAGCAUAGACGAAUCUGGUAUGAGAAGGAAACGUAUACAUAAUACAGAUUUAUUCUAUUCUCUCUUCGUAUAUUUGGUACCGCCUUGUGUAAAACUUGAAAUUAAUACUACUGCGCACACGCUGCAUUGACAUUGUGCGACAUUAUGACAAGUGACUUGUACAUCUCUACCUAUUAGAUGUAUCUGUCUAAUAAAUCAUGCGAUACGGAUCAA